AUGGUCGGCGGUAAGGGCGGUGAAGGUGAAGACGAAGUUGUUGAUAGUUCUUUCCUAUUUGGGAACCGCAACUUCUCCCUUCCCAACUCGGUCUAUUCCUCCGCCUCCAGUCCAUUCCCUCACCAACGACCUCCAACGACCUCUAACAUCAACACCAUCAACACCCUCGACUUCGACUUCGACUUCGACUCCACCUCCAAGCUUCAACCCCAGCCUAAUUUCCACUCCACACCAAAUAUGACUGUCAAGCGGAGACUACCGUCGCGAUUCAAUCCUCUCCUUACCGAGAACGAUCCUUCCAAGGAUGACCUUAUCGAGCUUAGGCGCCUAGGGCAGACGAAGCUUAGCACUAAUACGAAACCAUCCGCGCCUGCCGGCUCUUCUCCCGUGCCCCAACAAGUGCUUUUUUCUUAUGUCCACCUCCGCGCACCGCUGCCCCAGGAUAUCAAUCCCGAGAUAUUCGGUGGUACUGCUACUGGUACUAAGCCAGAAGCCUAUUUUCUAAUGAGAAGAAGCAAGGACGGGUAUGUUAGCUCAACCGGGAUGUUCAAAGCCUCCUUCCCGUAUGCGACAAAACAGGAAGAGGAGAGUGAGAGGCGCAUUGUAAAAUCGCGAUUCCAAAUUUCUUCAGACGAAACCGCAGGCAAUGCAUGGAUCUCGCCAGAUGAUGCCCUCACCCUCGCCACUGAAUACCGCUGUCGGGUCUGGAUAGAAGCCUUGCUUGACGACCGCCCAGUCAACUCUGACCCCCGUAAUAAAGCGAUCACUCCCCCGCCCCCGUAUAGACCGAACAAGAACGGUGUCGAAUCUCUUAGUCCCGCUUCCGCCAAAACCAAAACAGUCGCGCGCUCAGUCUCCCCGCAGCCUAGAAAGAUAGCACCGAUGAGGAAGCCACGCUCCGCCAGAGCAGUCAUCGCCAACAAAGAAUCUUCAUUGGCCCCUGAUACAUCGGAGCAGCCGCCCGCUUCAGCACCAUCGUCAGAGGACCCCAACGCUCCAGUUUUAUCCAAUGAUGAGGAAACGACUCCUGUUGAUGAUGCUGCUGCUGUUGCGGAAACGACAAGCACAAUGGAAACAAGCACCGGGAUCGUUAAGAUAGAAGAUGCCACCGAAGUCGAUGCUGUUGACCCUUCAAGCUACGUAUCUAGUAUCGUCGUAAAGCCUGAACUGAAGGACGAGGCUAAAGUGGAAGUUGAAGCUACCGUGGAAGAAAACGGGGAUGUCGUUUUGGAAUCCACGCAUGUUAAAGUGGAGAUACAGUCCCCUUCUGACGAUCUCUCGCUUCUCCCAGAUAGCGCCGAUGAUAUUGCCAAAGCCACGGAAAUGGUGGCUGAGGCUAUAAAAGAGUAUAACUCUGAAUUAUCCGCUAGCUUAUCCGCUAGCAAGAAGCGGAAGAUUGAGGAUUCAUUUUCUCAGGACAUUCCCAGGAUUGAAACACUAGAAAUCAAUUCACCUAAAAAGUCAAAGCGAGUUAGGGUAAUGGAUGUUAUUACUGAAGAGGGGUUCCAAAAACGAGCUCUUCUAGGAUUGGGUGCUACAGUAGCUCUAGGGUAA